AGGAGGCUGAUGUUUUCAGGACUGAACAACUGAACCUGACACAAGCUUACAUUCAGAGUUGGAUAGACGAGAGAAAAGUGAGGGUCACGAAGACCACCAAAGUGCUGUAUGGGUACAGAUAAAGGCAUCAUCUUCAAACCUCAACUGCCCCCUAAACCAAACCUGAGAGGGGGCAAAUGGCAUUCAUCCAUAAACACCAUCCAGAAAGUAGAGGCGGAAGAGGCAGACCAUCAGAUUCAGAUCCGACAAUGGGGUGAGAAUGGACUUGACACGCCUCCACAGAGCAAGCCAAUCCCUAGACCCCGUCUACACAAACCCCGCCUACUUCAGAACACCUCGUCCCGACCUGAUGAAGAUGACCCAUCUACCUCAAGCAGCCCUGCCUCAGACUAUUCUUCUGAAUCAGACAUGAUUCCGUCUGCUUGCCCACUGUCCUGCCCCUGUGUUUGUCAUUGCCAUGCCAGUAAACAUGGAUCAAUCCAUGGCCAACAUGACCUCCAUCAAUCUGAAACAUCUGAUUAUACAGACAGGGAGUAUUACAACCAUCAGCUGGACACCUGGAGCAUCAAACACCAUCAAAAACCCAGAAGAGUUCCUCCUAAUGUACCUGUUCCCCCAAGACCCCUUCCUAAAAAGCCCCAUCGGAUCAUUACAGCAGAUGAAGUGGAAACUACUGACCGUAACAUUAUGGACGGGGUUUAUGUGGACAUUGAUGUUAAAUCACAAGCAUUGGCACUGGCACACAGCCAGCCGGGUAACGAGUGUGAAUAUACAUAUUUUGAGGAGACAUCUCCUCCAUCAAAGCCUGUUCCAGCUGUGAGGACAUGCCAUAAAGAUCAGUUUCCAUCCCAGAGGCCGACUAAACAUCUGGACACUGACCGUGUGAUCUUGGACAGUCUGAAGAGUGAACUCUGCCGGAUACUAUCGAGUGAAAACCAGGAAAACGCUGAGAACAUUCCUAAGCCCAGAGCGAUGAAGAAUGCUUUCGUCAAGUUCACUCAUCAAGUAUUCUCCAAAAGCAUGUCUCAGUCCCCCAGCGAACAGAAGAGAGUACAGCUGGAUUUAGACCAAUCAGAGAACAAAAAACACACCAACGAAGGAGACCAAGACAAUGGAAUCCCAGCAGAAGAUGCACCAAGACCAGUAAAGCCCAAAAAAUCAUCUAUUAAAGACAAAUCUGAACCUGUUAUAGAGCAGAUCAUCAGGAACCUAUCAAUAUCUAAAUCAUCAAAGAUCUGGAAACUAGCAAAAUCCCCUGAACUACCCCCUAUAGCACCAGAGGAGCAGGACACUGAAGACCACUCACAGAUAAAGAGUAAUCAGAGAGAUAAUAAUAAAUCCAGCUCUGGGCUGCUGGAGAGGUUCUGGUGUGAGCGUUCGCUGGUGAAAGACAGUGGGAUCCUGGAUCAGUUCACCAAAGAGGAGAUUUUACUUCAGGAGAGUAUGUAUGAGGUGGUGAUCACUGAGCAGUCCUAUCUGGAUGGGCUGGCUGUAGCUGUGGAACAUUUCCAGGAAUGUGCAGAGCUGAAGUCGGCCAUGGAGCCCAGAGACCAAAAAGCUCUUUUCUCUGGAAUCAGCAAGAUCAGAGAGAUCAGCCAGACCUUCAUGGACGCAAUGGUGCAGAAGUUGGAGUCCAGUUUGCUGUGUAAUGCUGUCUGUGAUGUGGUGCAUCAUUACGCCAGUGGGCCGUUUGGUGUAUAUGUGGACUACAUCCGCAACAUGCCAUACCAGAAACAAACUCUAGCCAACCUGAGGAAUGAGAGUGCUGAGGUUGUGGAGAUUCUGUGUAAGCUACAGGACAACCCCUGCUGUAACCGCCUGCCCCUCGACUCCUUCCUGUCGCUGCCGUUCCAGAGGAUUCCCCGCCUCAAGAUCCUCAUGGAGACUGUCGUGAAGAGGACAGGUCUGGCGUCAGAUGUCCGAGUAAUUGCAGAAAGAGCGCUGAAGGAAAUAUCUAAGGUGGUGGAGGAGUGUAAUAGAGAGGUGGAUAAGAUGAAGAAGAUGGAGGAGCUGGUGCUCACUGCCAACAAAAUAGAGUUUGAGUACAAGGCUGUGGCUCUGGUGUCGUCUGCCCGUUGGUUGGUGAGAGAGGGGGAUGUGGUUCAGCUCUCAGUGAAGGAGAAUAUAUUUGGUCAGAAGAAGAUCUGCCCACUCCACCUCUUCCUGUUCAACGACCUGCUGCUGCUCGCCACCAGGAAGGGAUCAGACAGGUUUGUAGUGCAGGAUCAUGUUCACCGCUCUCUGGUUGAAGUGACGGCAGGAGCUGAGCUGGAUGAAGAUCUUGACGGAUGUGAUCUGAGCAGAGUGUUUCAGCUGGAUCUUGUAAAGAACCACAGAGGAACCCUGUCCCAAUACUUACUGCAGACCUCCACACAAGAACAGAGGGACAGCUGGCUGGAUGUGCUCAGUAAUCAGAAGAGUGAGGAGGAGACGGUGUAUGAAGAGUGGGAUUGCCCUCAGGUGCGCUGCAUCCAGGUGUACCAGGCCCAGCAUCCAGGUGAACUUAGUCUACAGAGGGACGAGCUACUCAACAUCGUCCAGAAAACAUCAGAUGGUUACAUGGAGGGCCAGAGGCUGCAGGAUGGGCAGAGAGGCUGGUUCCCCGAAUUCUGUGUGGAGGAGAUCUCCACUGAGCAUGUGCAAAGACGACACCUUCGAGAACGCUACAGAGUCCUGCAGGCUGCUGAUCGCAUCCUAAAGCGCUACAACACCACCAAAAACUGCCAGACCAACAUCUGCUUCAAAUAACAGCGAGAUAAUAGAUUUUGCAUCAAUUAUGGAUUUGAAAACUGAGCACUGAGCCAUAACUGUAUUAAAGGGAUGUUUCAUUCUUACAUAUAACUGUGAAAGCAUACUAUAUAGACAAAAGUAUUGGGACAGCUCAUUUUAUUCAGUACCAUUCUCACAGCUGUGUACAAUUAGUCCCCCAGCCAUGCAGACUUUAAAAACAUUAGUGAAAGAAUUGGUGGAGCUAAAGCAAUCCUGUGAGUGUAAUAUAUAUACUUAUAGUAUAUCUCUUAAAUAAAUCUCUGUGAGAACAAGUUAGACCUACAUCAUUACUCUUAUCUUCAUUAUUAUAUCUGUAUAUACUGUUUGAUUGUUGUUUUUUUUAACGCUUAAGAUUACCAUGCAUUAACUCUGGUUUUAGACCUGAUCACUUAAUGUCUUCUGAGUAUCAGGAUUAUAUGUGGAUAAGAACAAACCACUUAAAAGUACAAGUGUAAACACACCCAAAACCAGUUAAAACAGAUGCCAAUCAGGUCACUCAAACCACUUCAGAAGGUGGUCUUUUUAAAAUUUUUUAAAUUAAUUUAAAAGCCAUUUGACCAGUGGUAGGAUGGUCCCCCCUUUAAUGUGAGUCUUGGUCCUCCCAAGGUUUCUUCCUCCACUUGCAGCUCUGAGGGAGUUUUUCCUUGCCUCCGCGCUCACUGGGGGUUCUGUAUCAUGUAUGUUCUAUGUUUAAUGUUUUGCCUGAUUCUUUGUCCUGUAAUCAUGUUUCUGUAAAGCUGCUUUGUGCCAACACCAGUUGUAAAAAGCGCUAUACAAAUAAAUUUGAUUUGAUUUGAUUUGGUCUGAGACACAUUUAAAACAGAUACAAAUCUGCUCACAAAAAACACUUCAGAAGGUGGUCUGAGACGCAUUUAUAACAGGUACAAAUCCGUUCACUUAAACCAUUUCAGAAGGUGGUCUGAGACGCAUUUAUAACAGGCAGAAAUAUGAUUACCUAAACCACUUAAGAAGGUGUUCUGAGACGCAUUUAAACCAGAUACAGAUCCAUUAACUUAAACUACUUCAUGAGGUGGUCUGAGACACAUUUAUAACAGAUGCAAAUCCGAUCUCUCAAACCACUUUAGGAGGUAGUCUGAGACACAUUUAUAACAGAUACAAAUCCGAUCACUUAAACCACUUCAUGACGUGGUCUGAGACACAUUUAUAACAGAUGCAAAUUCGAUCCCUUAAACUACUUCAGAAGUUGGUCUGAGACACAUUUAAAACACAAAUCUACUUUGUCCUACAGAGCAAUUGGAUUUGGGUCUGUUAACUCUGGAUGCAUUUUGCUACCAAGUGUAAACACAUAUGGUUAAAAUCUUAUUGGGAUACAAUCUAGAUACUAGUCACAAAGUGACCAGGUGUAAACAGGUCCUCAGUCUGUCUGCAUGGAUACUCAACUGAUUUAUUACAGAUUGUACAGUAAAAAAACACUAGGAAGUUUAUAAAGUUUAAUAUUUGUUUUUAAAUGUAAAAUUCAUGCUGGUCUCAUGAAUUUUCAUAUUAUUUAUAUAUGUAUUAUUUUUAAA